CUCCUCUCGCCGCCACCACCAACGCGAUGUUCUUUUACCCGAGCUCCUCCUCCUAUCAGCGUCUGACACUUGAUGGGCAGCGGUUAUGUCACUUAUUGUAUUUCACAGCCAUGAUGGACGGAAUGGAAGAGGUGCUUCACAGCGAAACAAAUGGAACGAAGAGUGGGAGAUCUGACACAGUGGAUCUCAAUGACAGCUCACUGCAAGUGGAUAUUUCUGAUGCCUUGAGUGAAAGAGAAAAAGUCAAGUUUACCGUCCAUACAAAAACUACCCUUCCUGAGUACAGCAAGCCAGAGUUCUCGGUAGUUAGGCAACAUGAAGAGUUCAUUUGGCUACAUGACCGUUUUGACGAAAAUGAGGACUAUGCAGGUUAUAUUAUCCCUCCACCACCGCCUCGUCCCGACUUCGAUGCAUCGCGGGAAAAACUCCAAAAAUUGGGAGAGGGAGAAGGCAGCAUGACUAAAGAAGAGUUCAGCAAGAUGAAACAGGAGCUGGAGGCUGAGUACCUGGCAACCUUCAAGAAGACGGUAGCCAUGCAUGAAGUCUUCCUCACCAGACUAGCUCAGCAUCCUGUCUUUAGGACUGAUCACAACUUCAAGGUCUUCCUCGAAUAUGAACAAGAUUUGUCAGUGAGAACAAAGAACAAGAAAGAAAAAGUUGAAGGACUUUUCAAGAGUUUCAACAAGUCAACAGAUGAGAUCCUGUUGUCAGCCACCCAGAAGGAUGUGGAUGAUUACUUUGAGAAGGAGAAAGGUUUCCUCCUUGAGUACCACACAGCCAUCAAGGAUGCAACCAUAAAAGCUGACAAGAUGACACAGACACACAAAAAUGUGGCUGACUCGUACAUCAAACUCUCAACUGGCUUAUCACAACUUGGAACUAUUGAGGGCCCUAGACUAGAAAAAUUUAUUAACAAGGUUGCUGAUACUUUUGAAAAGGCUAGGAAAGUUGAAGGCAGAGUAGCAUCAGACGAAGAUUUGAAGCUUUCAGAUACCCUUCGAUACUAUGUUAGAGACGGGAGUGCAGCGAAGGACCUCUUAUAUCGUCGGCUUCGAUGUCUUGCAAACUAUGAACAAGCAAAUAAAAACUUGGAUCGAGCACGUGCCAAGAACAAGGAUGUCCAUGCACCCGUGGACGUUGCCGAUGCGGAACUAGCGCAACAGAAUGCUUGCGAGAGGUUUGAACACAUGUCAUCAAGAGCCAAGGAGGAACUGGGUGACUUCAAGUCGCGUCGUGUGGCAGCCUUCAGGAAGAACUUGAUUGAACUUGCUGAACUAGAACUAAAACAUGCAAAGGCACAAGCUCAGCUUCUGAAGAACUGCUUACAAGCCCUUGAAGAAGAGUGACAAUAUUCCCACCAAGGUAGAACACGAAAACAGGAAGCACACUUGCAGACGCACGUUCCCAGGUUCCGUAUGUGUGCCAUGCAGGAUGGCACUAAAACGAAUUUGCAGAGUAUUACAAGUUGACACUGCAGAAAUGUAUGGUUUAGCAGGUUUGUUAUGCAAGGUGAUAUUGGCACAUGCCAAUGUGGAUUGGACAUGAAAUGAAAGACAAUACUGCUGUGAUUUAUGAUUACUGUUCAUGGAUACAUAUUCAAUACUGAAGACUGUGAUGAAUGAUAGUUAAUAUAAAGACAGUGUUUAUGAUCUAAUAUAAUACUAAUGAAAACAUAAGUGUUGAACUAUAAACUAAAAAAAAGACAGCUGCAUUUUAUUGAUUUUUUUUUUUUAUGAACAUAUUUUGGAACGGGUAAAUCAACUUAAAUUUGUACUGGUGUAGGAAAAAAUUUGAAAAGAUAUUAUUGUGAUUUAGUAUGAAAUUUUUAAUUUACUGUGUAUGGAAUUCUGAUAAGCUGAUAUUUCUGACCAAAGAAUAAAAAAUGUGGUUAGAAAAAUAGGGGGUUGACUGUUUACCCUGUGUAUAGGGAUUGUAGGGAUGACUUAAAGCAGCUGCUACAGUUCUGACGUACUGGGUCAAGUCCAAGUAGUUCCAGCUUAUUCCAGUUAACACAUGACUUCAUAUCCUGUGAUGCUGUAAAGCAUUGUCUGUAUACUGAGGCAUAAGUUUCAGGAUAAACUGUUUCAAUAAUAUUACUGCAAAGCAUCAGUUAUUUUCCUAUGGUGUUCCUCAGAGUUACUGUACAUCCAGUGUGUAUAUACAAGUUUAUAUACAUAUAUAUAUUAGCAAUUUGCUAUUCAAUAAAAUAUUGAUAUAUAAUUUUCAGAUAGGGUUCUUUGCACAUAUAUAAACAUAUUACCAUAGUUAAUAUUUGUGACGUCCAUAUGUUGUGUUGAGGGAUUUUAUUUUUCCCAACCUGCUAUUGAGGGCUUACUGUGAAGGCCUGAAAAAGAGUCCACAGUCCAGCAGUCAAUCAGUAAUUUUCAUAUUUCUUACAUAUUUUCAGCACAUUACUUCUCAUACAGAUCUUUUGCUCAAUUCAUUUUAAUUGAUGGUCACUUAAAGUUUUCAAAUGCUGUUUAAUCAGCAAGCAUGAGAUUUAGACUUUAAUUUUAUUAAUCAUAUUUUGUUUGUGCACUUAAAUAUUCCAGUGAUUAUUCAGAGCUUUAUUACCUCACAUGAAUGAUUAAGGAGUUGUGUGGUGGCCGUGAGAAGCAUCACCCUGUAGUGUUGUUACAUGACCUGCUGUAGUUGCUGAUGGUCCACAAGAGGCUACACAUUUGUUUCCUGGCUCUUGUGCUCUUGUUGCCAGUGACAGUUUUACAAGUAUUGAGAUGUAUGCCCAAUUUGUUAAGAUUUUUUAUAUCUGUGAUUCAUGAAAUUGAUGUAUUUAAAAGGUAUUUGAAGAUGUAAUAGUGGGUAUUCUUUAAAAA